AGAUGGAGGGGGAUCGGAAAGUGGAGCUCAGCGAAGCCCUGGCGCUCGGGCCAGGCUGGCGCCACGCCUGCCAUGCGCUUCUCUACGCGCCCGACCCCCGCAAGCUGUUUGGCCGCAUCCCGAUGCGCUUCGCGGUGCUGAUGCAGAUGCGCUUCGACGGGCGACUGGGCUUCCCUGGCGGCUUCGUGGACGCACAGGACAGCUGCCUGGAGGACGGGCUGAACCGUGAACUGCGCGAGGAGCUGGGCGAUGCGGUGUCUGCCUUCCGCGUCGAACGCUCGGACUACCAAAGCUCACGCAUCGCUGCCAGACCGCGCGUGGUGGCCCACUUCUAUGCCAAACGCCUGACGCUGGAACAGCUGCAGGCUGUGGAAGCCAGGGCACCUCUAGCCAAGGACCACGGGCUGGAGGUGCUGGGCCUGGUGCGGGUACCCCUGUACAUCAUGCGUGAUGGUGAGGGAGGCCUGCCCGCCUUUCUGGAGAAUUCCUUCAUUGGUGCUGCCCGGGAGCAGCUACUGGAAGCCCUUCGGGACUUGAAACUUCUGGAUCCCGGCACUGUUGGAAAACUCAAGAUCCCAGAUUCUAAGUAGAGUCGGCCCAGCAUGGACCCCUGGAACCCAAGUUGAAGGCCAUGGUAUGAGGGAGGGAGAGGAAAAGGGAGAGAGGGACACGUUUUCUCUUAGGGGUCUGAGGGAUUGCAGAUGAUGCCACAUUAACAACAGAGGUGGCGAGGCAGUGUUUUCAGCGGCGGACCUUGUCUGGUGGCAUUAGAGAUAAAGGGCCUUUGUAGACUCUCAGAGUCCUUGCUUAUGGACGGACAGACAGCCUGGAAGCUCCAGGUAUGCAUAUGUGUAGUCUGCGGUCACACACAGCAUGGCACACUGCCAUCUGUCCGGUUUAACCCUGAUGUAGCAUUUGGCACAUCCCACCUCCUCCUGAUAAACGGGAGGGGUUCUUACCCAUCUGCUGCAAGGCUGCUGCCCAGCGUCCAGCCCAUGCCUGUUAGGGAAGCAAAAGAGGAGGCUCCUCUCUGAGAAUGGCCCUGUGUUACCUGGGGCUUGAGCAAAGUAGUGGGUUUCAGAAUGUGGCCUAAGGACCUACCCAGUCCUGCAUUCCUACUGAGGGUUGGAACGUGUCAGGGGCUUCUUGCGUUGAACCGAGGCCUGAGACCUCACUCCUGAUGUGUGUCUUCCUGAGUGUUCACCCUCAUGCUCCCUGUUUAUCUCUGUUUAGCAUGCCCUGCCAAAAAAAAAAAAAAAAAAA